AUGCGUGGGGUGGGCCCUUCUUUGAUUCUGGUGGCUCUAUGGGCUGCCAUGGUUGUCGCCUCCACCUUCAACACCCCCAACGCACCCAAUGUUCACGAGCCCAAGGUCCUGGUCCAGCAAGAUGACGUCCUGGACAAGCUGGUGCGCCUCUAUGAAGAAAAGGCAGGAAAAGAAAUUUACGCGUCAAAUGCCGCUCGCCUGGCCGUGGGCCGGGAAGCAGAAGUCAACGACACGAGCUCUCACGACGUUGGCUUUGUGACCUUUGGCACCUUUGGCAACGGCUACAAGCUCUGGGCCAAGUCUGAUCGCGGCAAGUACAUGGAGCUGCUGACUACAGCCGCUCACUCCCUGGCCAAGCGCUACAACCCCGUCGUUGGCAUGACCCGAUCGUGGGGCGACAUUGACGACAACACCAGCUUUGAGGUCAUUAUCGACAAUUUGCUCAAUCUUGAGCUCCUCUUCUGGGUUGGCUACGAAACGAUGAACUACACGUUAUUAGAAAUGGCGAUCUCGCAUGUCGACAAGACUGCGGAAUACUGGCUGCGAUCAGACUUUUCUACCUACCACUUGGUGGUCUUCAACCCCAACAAUGGCUCCGUUAUCAGUCGCUCCGGCACGCCACAGGGCAUGGCCGUCAACUCAACCUGGGCCCGCGGCCAGGCGUGGGGCGUCUACGGCUUUACUAUGGCGUACCGCUAUGUCCAGGAGCCACGUUUCCUUGAGUAUGCCCGGCAAGUGAGCGAGUACUGGCUUGCAGCCAACAAUGCUGAUCUAGUUCCCAACUGGGACUUCAACGCCCCUCUUCCCACUUAUCGCGACACGUCUUCUGCGGCCAUUGUGGCGUCGGGCUUUAUCGAACUCGCCACCUACACCCAGAAUCCCGUCUACCGAGAGCUGGCACAGGGCAUCGUCGCGACGCUUGCCUCUGACGCCUAUCUGGCACCCGAAAACUAUCAGGCCAUUUUACAGCGCAACGGCCACGAUUGCGUGUUGGCGGGCUGUACGGUGAUUGAGACUGACUACUAUUUUCUCGAGGCCAUUCGACGCCUCAAGGGGGCUGAUUUCUGA